AUGGUGGGAGGCCGCGGCAAAGGCAACACGACCAAGCCCCAACUCCAUCCCCUGAUUGAGCAAGUGCUGAGCACACUCUUCCAGGCCAUCGGCACCGCCACCACCGAUGCGGACCCGGUGCUGAGCAAGCAGCUCAAGGACGUGGAGGACCAGCUGAUCAACAGCAAGCUGGCCCUGGCGCAGAUGCAGGCCGAGAAGUUCGACAUCCAGUCCAACACGAGCGUGGCCGACGACCGCCUGGCCAAGAUGCAGGCCGAGAUGAAGCCCCUCGAGCAGCAGCUCGUGGCCACCAAGAUCGCACUGGCCAAGGCCCAGGCUGCCAACAACAACCUCAACACCGAGCUCAAGAAGGUCCAGCAGGGCGGCGCUGGUGCGGGCGGUGCCGGCGCGGCUGCCAAGAAGGGCGUCUCGUCCUUCUUCGGCCGCAAGGGCUGA